ACUCAGCUAUAAGCCCAUUGAUCGCGUCAUCGAUUUUGCAAGCGCACACUUGUUCCCUCAACGCGAAGCAUUCAGCACACCGAAUUCCGAAAUGGCCAUCUCAGACUCCCCUCUCCCAGAAUCGCAGCAGCUCCUAUGUCUCACCAUCACUGCUUAUCGUAAACCGGGACUGAGCGAGAGUGCCUAUCGAGAGUACAUGACGAAGACUCAUGCUCCUUUAGUUAGCGGACUGAUGAAGGAAUAUGGGAUCGUGCGAUAUAACAUGACCCAUAACGACAGCACAAGUCGGCCCUUGCUUUUCCAGCUAUAUGACCCCGAAUUCUCCAAGCUGUCCGACUAUGACUGCAUCGUGCAGUUUGUGUUUCGGAAGAUGGAGGACUUCCUACGGAUGAAGGCCGAUCCACGCUUCUUGGAAAAGGUCGCCCCUGAUCACAAGAACUUUGCCGAUACUUCAAGAUCGACUAUGACCAUUGGCUACUUUGAAGAAUUCCUGGACAAUGGAGAGCUUGUGUCUAAAUAGAACUAGUCACCCUUGGCAGCUGGGAAAACAAAGGUUUAGGAAGAUGGGGAACUAGCUGCCUUGCGUCUUCAGGAAUGUGUAACAGUCAGUCUUGCUAGGAGAGAUAUACGAAGCUCCUAUAG